CUGCAUGCUAAGGGGUGAUAUUAGGAAUAACUUGUAUGCGAAUCAUUGUAACAAUAUCCUGAUCGUACUGAGACUAGUACUGUUUCAGGCAUCUCUUGCAAUCCAACAGUCCGUCUCUCUCUAAUGCACUCGUUCCUGUCGCGCCCCAUCUUGAUGGCACGUGACCGCGUCUCAAGCCCAUUGAUCUGCUUUCCACCCGCCUCCACUCACAUGAGUUCAGCCGCAGCGUCUCACCUUCAAGACCUCGUCGAAAUCAUGAUACUAAUCCGAGGAGCGGGUCUUACCGUGGGUGGGCAGCGGCUGACUCAGGUGCCUGACAUUACGAUGCUAACUGCUCCCAGCAAGCAUCCAUGUCGUACCGUCUCCGUUGGUCCCACCCCUUCGUCUUCACCUUCCUGAAAGACUUGGCCAGAGAUGACUCUCCUGCUUGCGCCAGACAUGUCAGAUAUGCCUGCCCUCUCGAGAGGCUCGACAUUGAACGAUAGCUCAACGAAUUCCUCUGGGGCUUCCUCAGGACUAUUCACCCCGGACGAUGUCGUGGACGAACCGUCUUAUGAUGUAUUCUUCACGCCAAAGCUGAUCCACAAUGACGAUACCCUGUCUACACCGCGGCCCCCGUAUCGUGACGGCGAGCACCUAUCGUCCGGCGAUGGCGCCAACGUGAAGACGACCAAGCUCAACUCGUGGUCUCGCGCGGUAGCGAAGGCGAAGAAGCUGGCAGGGAAGACGCUCCAAGUACGCAGAGCGCUGCGCAAGGUACCCUUCCCGAGUCCGUCUCAAAGCGUCGGUAUACCAACGACCUCUGAUCAGGUUCGUCGACUGCGCACCGAGCUGACGUCAUCACAAGACUUGGACAUGGACAUCGUGGAGACUGAGGAUGCUAUGAAUGCUUCGUAUGACAUACCUCGAGAGGCGGAGGGUAUUAAUGACUCGAAAGAGAGGCCAUCUGGACAGUCGGUGGUGUACGAAACGCUCUCUGCGAAGGACGAGCAGAGUGCGGCUCCAAACUCGCGCAGAUCGGGCGCUGGGGUCCGCGAAGCCGAGCUUGAUCUGUCCACGGAGUACCUCCUCCCCGAAUUCAGCUCGCCUUCCUCCUCCGAUGCUCUAUCCAACGCACUGCAAGGCCCGUGGUCCGCCAGAAGAGUCGUCCUGACCAUCAUUCGAAUCCUCUUCUUCCUCCCAUGGUCCAUCGCCGUCGGCGGCGCCAUCCUCCUCUCGCCCAAGCACCUCGAGCUCAUCACCUUCUCGCCAGGCUACCUCGCCUCCGAGCGCGGCGCACGGCGCUUCGCGCACUGGGCGGACACCGCGGUGCCGCACAUCGUCAUCUUCCUCGCUCCGGUCGCCGUGCUCAUGUGGUGGAACCUGUCGAUAGGGGCGCUCGUCGCGGCGGCGAUUCUCGCUGGGUUCGUCUAUGCGUGGCACGACUUCCACGUUGACCUCAGCGUGCCUCUCGGAGAGGACGAUCGACAGAGCAUCUAUCUGGCCGUGACGAAGAUGUAUUUGCGGGAGGGAUUUACGAUGCGUGUUCCGAUGCGGAGCGACGAUGGACGGGCUGGAGAGUAG